GUUGCAGCCAUGUCCGACGUUGCCAGCACCAUGUCGGCAGCGCUGCGUAGCAUGGGUACGUGGCUUUCCCAGCAGCGCAACUUGCUGGACCAGAGCACCUAUGAGAGCGUGAGGAAGACCCAGAAGCAGACCCUCACCCAAAACAUCGGCCAAAUGCCAACCUUGACUCCAGAGCAGGCAACAGAUAUGACUCGUGCCAUCAACGAAGGCCCGUGGACCAAUGAAGAGAAGGCCGAGUUUGCUACCACGAUCUCGGAUGUCAUGGCAAGAAAGGCCGUUUCUGGCUCCCUCACGCGACGGCCCAACCAAAAUAUGAGAACCUUCCACAAGUACCUGUCCCGCGCUGACAUUGAGCUCCUGGCCGACUCUUCCAGGAGCUUGGCCGACAAGCUCGACCAGAUAGCCUGCAGACUUGUGAAAAUCCGUCUCUGGCUGCCGUCAGAGCAGUGCGUGAAGAAUGUCAUGAAGGCCUGCCUGGUGGCCGGCUUGAAGUUGGACGCAAGCAACCAUGUGCCCUUCAUCAAGAGCCUGAAGCAAUCCCUUAAGAAGAAAAUUGCAAGCCAGCCGAAGGACAUCGUUCUCCCCAAUCCCAUGCCAGAUGAUCCGCGGCACUUGCCACAGGAGAUCUUCCAGGAUGCCUAUGAUGUCUUGGACCCUCCAGUUGAUGUUUCCGAGGGUUUGUGCAUGACCAUGGAUGUGGCCUCGCGGACCACCAAUUCAUCAUCGGGAAGCACUACCAUGAGCACGGCUUUGGCGUUGCCGAGCUCAUCCAGCAAGAAGCAUGCCGCGAUCCCGAGCGGCGUGGACUUCCAGACCAUGGUGAUGAGCAUGUGCCAGGCGAUGCAGGCAAACGUUGGGAAGCGCCAUGAUGGCAACCUCCUGAACAACUUCCAGCUGCUCACCCCCAACUUCCACAAAAGAACUUCGCCAACCUCUUCACCGUCGAGUGUCAAGGCUGUCAAGCUCACGCAGGACCUGCAGAAUGAGAUGCCUCAGGAAAGUUCGGCGCAAGAUACAGAGCAGGUUGAGACCGCGAAGAACCCUGCCGUGUCUUUGUUCGUCGGGCCUCCCAUCGAAGAUGAGCCCUCGUCCGGAGCAAAUUUGCUCAAGGUCACCGAUGCUGUGACUGCGUACGAGCAGGCCCUCGACAUCCGCAAGAAUGCCCAGCAAGGGGACGCUGACAAGACCGAGAUCAUGAAAAAACCUUCCGCCAAGACAGCACCUUGCGCGAAGAAGGCUCCAUCUUCCAAGGCGGCUCCCAAGACGGCGCCAAAGAGCAUUCUGAAGCAGCCAGCGAAGGGCUCGCCUGCCUCUACCAGCACAUGGACAAAGGCCAAGGGAGGGUGGAAGGUGGAAGUUCGCGUCCGCGGGUCAGGCACGCAAACCGAUGCCUAUUAUCAUGCGCCGGACGGGAAACAGUUCCGGAUCAAAGGAGACGCUGUGAAGUAUGGUUUCAAAGGCUGA